AUGAUUAUUGUUGAACAACUCACUGACGAUGUGCGCACAUGUCAAGCAGGGUGGGAGGGAGAGCUAGACGGUGGGGAUCGGGGAGGAAGUGAAGCGCACAGGAGGCCAUCUCCACGCCUACUUCAAAGCCUCCGUACACUACAACUAGAAGCAACAGUGAAAGACGACCUACUUACAUCAGUGGUAUGUGGUCCUGCUGCAAAACGGCACUUUGAGAACAUGGGUUACACGGAGGAGGACCUUAAGCCGUUCACUAGGGCACGCGUUCCCAGAAUUCUCGAGUCCAUCCUCAAUCGGCUGAGAAUGUUGCCUGUGGGAUGGAAAGGCGAGGGAAACGAGCUCUUGUUGGCAGAUGGUGAAUCGCAAGCCCGCGAGGCAGGAAUAGCCCACGACGUUCAACAGCGUUCAGCUCAAACAUCGAUCCAAGUCAUUCAACCCAAGCGGGCGGCAGAGCAUCAACGAGGGAGCGUAGUGGAGGGGGUUUCGGUGACAAGCCACGGCUGUCACGCACUAGAUGUUUUUGAUACUAGUGACCAAACGCAUUCCGUGGUUACAUAUGAUGGACUAUCGGGGUGUGGAGUGUAUGUGGGGAAGCCAAUAGGAAGGGAAGGGAUUUUGACACGCGGGGUGCAGGUCCAGAAUAUUCGAAGAGAUCUAGAGGGUCAAGUUUAUACUGAAGAUGAACUUGAAGCACUUUCCAAAUCAAUAAUACCGAUCAUCGACCUCCUCAAGUCACUGGGCUGCAGAUCUUGUGUCGCAUGCAGAGGAGCUUUAGAAAGAGACCACAACAGAGAUGCCAGUGGCUUAGCGCGAGUCGUUACGCUCUCGAGACCACUCAUGUCUUCAACCGCCAAGGCAAAGACCACCAAGCUCAUCCGCACGCUUCUUAACCACUUCGACUCCAUCCCUAAACUCAAUUUGAUGCAACUUCAAGCACUGCAGUACAAGCUAGCCUUAGCGCGGAUCGACGCACUCUUGACAGAACCUCCAGUCCGGCAUGCCGAGGACAAGGAUUACACUACCACAUACUCAUACUCAUACUUUUAUGAAACUUUCGAGAACAUAUCAUCGCAGGAUGACCCAGCAGCGCUGAACACCCUCAAGUACAUACUUUUGUGCAAGGUCAUGUUUGAAUAUGCCCGAAGAUGUAACAUCACUCCUCUCCAUCAAGCUCGCGGGAUCGAGAAUAUGCAUGCCAUAGCGCUUGCACAUCAGAACCGGAACCUGGCGGAUUUCGAGAAUGUCCUUCGGGACUUCAAACACGCCAAACAGGUCGGGCAAGGACGGCAGGACGUUGAGGCCAAGCUAUCGCAGAUGAUCUUGGACAAGGUGUUCCACGGCGUGCUAGAUCAGGGAGGAGGGUGCCUAAUCGUAUUCGAUGAUCUAGAAGCAGAUGUGGGUUUUUUCUGCCACUCAUCUUUCAGAACACGUAGUAUGGAGCAGCAAUCGGGACUCUGGAGCAGUCCAGAGGUAUUGUUAGAAGAGAUCAUCAUGUAUUUGAAUACCUGCCGCGAUGGGAUAACCACCGGUGCUGGGGAUCAAGAUCCAUGUUCGUGUGCGCAUUAUCAAGAGCAGCCAGCUAUACUUGCAGUUCCACGUCUCGGAGUAUUUUCGGUGGACGACUCUGCUACUUGGGUGGACGACCAGGGAGCGAGGCGUCUGCUUCAGAAACAGGCAGAUGACGUGGAAGGAAUGUGGCUGAUAUACAGCGUCAAGGAAGAGCCGCAGCAGCUGCGAAGACGAAGACAAAAGCUAAACCUAGACUUGGUGCAACGUAGAAGUUAG